AGGAGUUUGUACAAGUUCCUCACAUUUGUAUGAUGAUUCACAUUCCAAUAAGUGGAAACUUUGUUUUCAGAGUGUUCCGCUUGGGACGCUACCGGUUUGGCCCGCAGUAAUGAGACUUGUCCAAGAGCCGGGCCCUUGAAAAUGGAUGAUAACUCUCCUGUUGGGUCACAGUCUGUGACCAGAAAUCAAUCGUCAUCCAGAGAAUGUGGACCAAUGGCCUUAGCAGAUGAAGAAAACCCUCACGUGGGAACGAAGGAAGCGAAGAGUAAGAAGCACAGGCUCCGUGGCCCGUGUGUAUCUCCGCUGCCCCAAAACCAAGAAAGCAAAGAAGAUUCUGUUAUCCUCUUGAAAAAUCAGGAUUCAGUUCUUUCAGAUGACAGAUUACUACAACUUAAAAAAAGCCGCUAUGAACUGCUUACAGGAAAAAUGAAAGAAAUGCAAUGUAAGAUCACUGGGUUACAAAAGGAGCUGUCAGAAACAAAAGUGACACCACAGUUAGAACACCAAAAACUGGAGUGGCAAGGAGAGUUCUGCAGUAUGAGGGUGCUGAGAGUCACGAAAAAGCAAAAUAACUGUUGUCAAAAAACCACAUGUCACAGAAUGAAAUUGCCAUGUUAAAACAGAAAACGGAGGCAAUAAA